AUAAUUGUAUUUUGUUUUGGGGUUAUGUUACUUUGACAGGAAAUUUAAAUUGAUAUUAAACAAAUUAUCAAGAACAUUCUUGACAGCAAGUUUAAAAAAUGUCACUUCAGGAGAAUUAAGCAGCAAAAUGUCUUGUUUUUGGAAAGAAAGUAUAGAAACUGUGAUAGAUAUAGCAGGUGUGGAAGAAAUAUCAAAUGUAACUUAUUAUAAUGUUAAAGUAACAGUAGGAGAGAUAAAUUGGACAGUUCUUCGGCGCUACAAUGAUUUUUACGAGUUGCAUAAUUAUUUAGUUGUUGAACAUGGGGUUUCGAAAGACAUAUUACCAUCUAAAAAAGUAAUUCGAAAUAAAUGCCCAAUAUUUAUUGAAAGCAGAAGAUUAGGACUGGAAAAAUAUCUAAGAAGUAUUUUACAUUACUUGAAGAAAACAAUGCCAAAGUCGUUUGUGAUAUUUUUGGAUUUCCAUCAGUAUGACAUAUUUUUUCUUUUGCAAAAUAUGGCAGAGACAUUUUUUAAUGAGGCAGAACUUAUUUUAGAUUCUGCAAAGAGCUAUUCAUUUACCCCCAUUCAGUUACAUGCUGUAAGCGAAUUUAAGAAAAAUCCAUUUCCAAACAUUGAAAAUAAUGACUCCAGAUUUGAUUUGAGCCAUGUUUUGGAUCUAUGCUCUCAGCUUAACAUACUCCAAAUAAAUGGUUCUUCUGCAAACUACUUAAGCAGCAAUAUAAUAUUAAAUAAACUUCCUUUUGAGUUAUCUUCAUUUAAAGCAUUAAAAAGUCUACAUUGCAAAAAUGUAUCUUUUGAUAUGAUUUAUUCACUAGGCAAUAUAAGAACCACACUAAAACAUUUUUUUGUCUGGACUACAAACACCACAAACAUUUCAAAUAUACUUCAAUGUGAUGUAAUACAUAAGGACACCAUUGAAGACAGCCAAAUUUGGUCUGAAUUGGUAGAAAUUGAUUUUAGCAAGAAUAACAUCACAGAAAUUGACAAAACAAUAACUCUAUGUCCAAAACUGAAAAAAUUGAUUUUAAAUGAAAAUAAAAUAUCUACCAUCAGCAAUUUAUCAAAUAUGUCAAAUUUAUCACAUUUAAGUGUGUCAAGUAAUUUAAUAACCAUAUGUAACCAGCUACACACAAAAGUUGGUAAUAUUCUCUAUUUAAACUUAUCCCAAAACAGCAUUGUUACCCUAAAAGGUUUUACUAAACUUUACUCACUGGAAAGCUUAGAUCUAAAUUCAAAUAAAAUAACAGAUGUGGAAGAACUGUCUUAUAUAGGAGAUUUACCAAAUUUAGAAAACCUUGUACUAACUGGCAACAAUGUAGCCACCUCUGUAGACUAUAGGAUUAAAGUUUUGGAGUAUUUUGGUGACAGAUCAAAAUAUAUUUGUUUGGAUAAUGAGAAACCAUCCCAAUCUGAAUUGGAUAAGGCAUCAGUGUUAAGAGCUUUGAGAAUUGUCAAGGAGGGCAAAACUCCAAAUUUCUUCAAUACUCAUACAUUUUCUUAGUAUUACUACUAUUAUUAUUAUUAUUGUCAAAUUUUAUAAGUGUUAUGUUAUAAUAUUUAAUAUAUUCUUUUCCUUUAGGGUUUUUUUCUAUUCUUUCUGUCACAGACUAUAAAGCAUAGAAAAAGAAUAUGUGUUAAAUGAGGGAAACAUGGCAAUCAUAACACCCGCAAGUUGAUUUUGACAUAUUAGGGCCGGU